AUGAUCAUCAUCACAUCUUUGCUCCUCGGCUUCGCAAUACUUAGAAUAUCGUACAAGACGCUUGAAGGUGCAGAUCAGCGAGAGGUAGAGUACUGUUUGAUAGACUGUCUUCUCUUAUUGAGCUUUGCGGUGAUAGGGCUCAUAGCUUGUUUCUUCCCCAGCGAUAAGACCAGAGCAAAACUGUAUGCUAUAUAUACCACUGGUACGGUCCUACUGGUGGUAUAUCAAAUAUUUGCGAUCUACCAUGUCAUGACCGAUUUCUCAGGUCUUGAAAUGACGAGAGUAUUUUUGACGAAGAAAUUUAACGCAUACGAAGAAAAUAAGGUCGUCGUAGAUUGGUUGCAAGACUACUGGCAGUGCUGCGGAAUCGGGGGUGCCGAGUAUUGGACUGCAAAGAACCAAACGAUUCCUGACUCUUGUAGAGACAAUGAUGGGCAAGUGAAUGAUGUAGGAUGUGUAGAUCUUUUUUAUGGCAGCAAGAAAACGAAUCUGGCGGUAUUCGUUUUUUGCUAUUUCAGCAACCUUGGUUUGUCCAUAGCUGGUGGUGUUUUUGGUUUCCGUCUGGCUAGAAGCCUCCGCCAGGCACUAUGGCAUGAUAGAAGAUACAGCGAUGUGUCGGGUUUGUGA